ACCAAUCAAUGAUCUCUUCUCCGCAGUAGGCUUUUGCUCACACUGGACACUCCUUCCUCCAGUAAAACACGAAUGCACGCUCUGCCCCGGGCCGUCUCAGUCUGCAUCCACCGACAACCUCUUCCUCGGAGAUAGACGUUGAUUUGAUCCUUCUUAACCAACCACUAUGGUGUCCCAUAAGGAGUUUGCCAGCGCGGGGAAGCAGCCGGGGCUGCAGGUGUGGCGCAUCGAGAAGAUGGACCUGAAGCCCGUCCCCAAGGCCCUGCACGGCAACUUCUACACGGGCGACGCCUACGUUCUGCUGUUCACCACCAAGGCCCCCACCUACUACAUCCACAUGUGGAUGGGAGAUGAAUGCUCCCAGGAUGAGAGUGGGGCGGCCGCCAUCUUUGCGACCCAGCUGGAUGACUUCCUGGGGGGGGGGCCGGUGCAGUUCAGGGAGGUCCAGAACAACGAGUCCAUCACCUUCCUGGGCUACUUCAAGUCUGGCAUCAAGUACCAGGUGGGGGGCGUGGCCUCUGGCUUCGAGCACGUGGUGACCAACGACAUGAGCGUGAAGCGGCUGCUGCACAUCAAGGGCCGGAGGGCCAUCCGGGCCACCGAGGUGCCCCUGAGCUGGGGGUCCUUCAACCAGGGGGACUGCUUCAUCGUGGACCUGGGCAAGGAUAUCUACCAGUGGUGUGGCAGUGAGUGUAACCGCUUCGAGAGGCUGAAGGCGUCCCAGGUGGCCAUCGAUGUCCGGGACAACGAGAGGAACGGCCGUGCCAAACUGCACAUGGUGGACGACGGAGGGGAGCCGCAGGCCAUGAUAGACGCGUUGGGCCCAAAACCCAGCCUGCCCCCGGGCACCCCUGACGACGAGAAGGUGGACACCUCCAACAGGAAGAAGGGCGCCCUCUACAUGAUCUCAGAUGCGUCGGGCUCCAUGAAGACCUCCUUGGUGGCCCAGUCCAGCCCCUUCCUCCAGGCCAGUCUGUCCGCUGAGGAGUGCUACAUCCUGGACAACGGGGUGGACCGCAACGUCUUCGUGUGGAAAGGUCCCAAGGCUAACACCACAGAGCGCAAGGCCGCCAUGUCCGCAGCUGAGAAGUUCAUCAAGGAGAAGGGCUACUCUACCAAGACCCAGAUCCAGGUGCUUCCAGCAGGGGGCGAAACCACGCUGUUCAAGCAGUUCUUCAGCGACUGGAAGGACAGGGACCAGACCACAGGCCCCAGCAAGGCCUACACCUUCGGGCGCAUCGCCAAGGUGGAGCAGGUCCCCUUUGACGCCUCCAGCCUGCACUCCAACAACACCAUGGCCGCGCAGCACGGCAUGGUGGACGACGGCAAGGGCAAGGUCCAGAUCUGGCGGGUGGAGGAUGGGGACAGGGUUCCCGUGGAGCCCUCCUCCUAUGGCCAGUUCUACGGAGGGGACUGCUACCUCAUCCUCUACACCUACAGACUGGGAGGCCGCGAGCUGCACAUCAUCUACACCUGGCAGGGACUGAAGUGCACUCAGGAUGAGUUGGCAGCCUCUGCCUUCCUCACAGUGAAGCUUGAUGACUCAAUGGGAGGAUCCCCAGUCCAGGUGAGAGUGACGCAGGGCCAGGAGCCCGCCCACCUGAUGAGCCUGUUCCAGGGCAAGCCCAUGAUGAUCCACAGCGGCGGGACGUCCCGCAAAGGGGGUCAGACCUCGGCCGCGGGGAAGCGCCUCUUCCAGCUCCGCCAGGGCACCACCCGGGCCACCAGGGCGGUGGAGGUGGAGCCCUGCGCGUCCAACCUCAACACCAACGACGUGUUUGUGCUGAAGGCGCCCGACGCCACGGUGGUGUGGCAGGGGCUGGGGGCCAGCGAGGAGGAGGUAGCCGCCGCCAAACACGUGGUGGACGCCCUGGGGGGCAGCGUCAGCAACGUCACCGAGGGCAAAGAGCCAGCCAGCUUCUGGUCUGCUCUGGGAGGUAAGAAGGACUACCAGACAUCAAAGAGUCUGCAGAACAUGGUGAAGCCCCCUCGCCUGUUUGGCUGCUCCAACAAGACCGGAAGGCUUAUCGUGGAGGAGGUACCAGGGGACUUCAACCAAACAGACCUGGCCACCGAUGACGUCAUGCUCCUGGACACCUGGGACCAGAUCUUUCUGUGGGUCGGCGUGGAUGCAAACGCAGUGGAGAAGGCUGGCGCUCCCAAAAUAGCCAAGGAGUACGUGGACUCAGACCCCUCCGGGCGCAGGGGUCUGCCCAUCUCCACCAUCAAGCAGGGGGCUGAGCCCCCCAUCUUCACCGGCUGGUUCCAGGCCUGGGACGCCAAGAUGUGGGAGACGGAUCCGCUGGACAGAAUCCGUGCUCGCUUCUGAACACCCAUACCUCCUAGCUCCCGGCCCUCGGCCCUCCCAAACCCCCCGCAUGCUCCGCUUCACCAACCUGGUUUUCCUCAGGACCCGGAAUCCCCAAGUGCCAAAAUCACCUUGUUUUGCAAAAACGAAGGAAGGGCUUUCUGCUGAAUAAUUUGAAUUCAUUACCACAGUGUUUGGACUUUUACUGUAUUCAUCAUUGGUAUUAAAAUGCAGCUCAAAUGCACUUUGCAUGCAAACUUUUAUUAUAUAGGGCUGUAUCCUAUUCAGUACUUGUGAAUUAAAAAAAACGAUGUCAAAUGAUUAUGCUUUAUUUUUUU